GACGGACGCGUUUCGGUUCAGGUGUAUAUUUUCCGUUGUAUAUUUUUGAAAGUGUUGCCGACUUUGACUGUGCAUUGCAUCACACAUCAGAUGCGUGUCCGCGGAUGAGCUCGUCUCGAUUGUCAUCAUUUUGCACUUUUCUACGACUAGGGCUCUUAUGACGCGCGUUAUUGCGACGUGACGACGCCGUAGACGCAGGCGCCCGGAGACCAGUCGAGCAACGCCAUUUUUGCGGGCGUUGCAUCACCCGCUCGUUUUCACAUUUUUGUACGGUUUACUCUAAAGACGUGAUCGUCCUCCUAUUUCAUUACUUGGAGGCGGUAGCCAUUAUUUAAGGAAGAAGAAGAAGAGCUUUGCUUUUGUGUGCUACCGGUUGCGCCAGGCCGCGGACCGAUGGCGCUACCAUCGAGUGCUGCAAGCGGGUUGGAAAUCGCAUCACUGACUCCGACUAACCUUAAUCACAGCGCACUUACGCAUAGUACGGAUGGGUUCCUAAAUAUUCCCAUCGGUUCGUCAGCUUUGGACGCUCUCUCGACGAAACGGAGAAGCUCCUCACGUACGAUAAAACGCAAGAAGUUCGAUGAUGAAGUCGUGGAAACAACGUUCAAUCUACAACCGCCUGCUACAAGCGCCAAAUCAGCGUCGAAAUCACGAACGAUUUCUGUAACCGCCGGCCCCAUGGAUGUCUUGCCAACACAGACACUGCCAACUCCGAUACCCAUUCCAACCACCUUGGCACAGUCAGACAGAUGCAACCGUAGACCCAGCAGACCGAGCGGUUCAAAUCCUGGACGAAAGAAUAAGAAGAGUAAAAACCAUUCUCAUUCGUUCAAUGCCACCAAAGACCUCGGUCGAUGGAAACCCGCCGACGACUUGGCGUUAAUUACUGGUGUACAACAGACAAAUGAUUUAAGGAUGGUCCAUCGAGGUACAAAAUUUUCUUGUCGUUUUACACUGCAGGAAAUACAGCAAAGAUGGUAUGCAUUAUUAUAUGACAGCGCGGUUUCGCGUGUAGCUGUACAAGCUAUGCGUAAUUUGCAUCCUGAACUAAUAGCCAGUGUUCAAGCAAGAACUUUAUAUAGCAAAGUAGAGGAAGAUCUAUUAGGCACUAUUAAAUCGACUUCUCAACCAACAUUGGAAGUAUUUCAAGAAUUACUUGAAGCAAAUGCACAUACAUUUUAUCCAGCUAGGACUGCGAAAGCGUUACACAGCCAUUGGCAGCUGAUGAAACAAUAUCACCUAUUACCAGAUCAGACAGUGCAAAGUUUACCACGAGGUGAACAUGUGUUAAGUUUUUCGGAUGCCGAAGAUAUGAUCAACGAUACUGAAUUAAUGGAAUCGAAAGAUGAAUUAGUGGACAAUGAAUUGGCAACGGCAGACAGAAAAAACAAGAAAGAAAUUAAAGUAUUGGAAAACGAACUUAGCAGAUGGCAGGUACUUGUCGACAGCGUAACAGGUGUCAAUCCUCCAGAAUUUGAUAAUCAAACCUUAGCCAUUUUAAGAGGAAGACUUGUCAGAUACCUUAUGAGAUCUAGAGAGAUAAGUGUGGGACGUUCUACAAAAGACCAUACUGUUGACGUGGAUCUUGGUUUAGAAGGUCCAGCAUGGAAAGUUUCACGUCGACAAGGUACCAUCCGUUUAAGAAAUAAUGGGGAUUUCUUUCUGUCGUCCGAGGGAAAACGACCGAUUUUUGUAGACAGCAGACCAAUUUUGGCUGGCAAUAAGAUGAAAUUGAAUAACAAUAGUGUAAUUGAGAUUGCAGGACUGAGGUUCACAUUUUUAAUAAAUCAAGAACUCAUCUCUGUGAUACGACAAGAAGCUGUCAAAUUAAAUUUAAAUCCUUAAAGAAUAUAAAAAAAGAAUGAAAGACAA